ACUCUCCCAGCUGACAAGCACGUGAAAGAGAUGUUAACUCAUAAGCUUUAGAAAGGGAGCGUGAGAUCAUUCCGCAAUCGUGACAUGAGUUAUCUCCAUCGAGAAAAGAGACGCUCGUUUAAAGACAAACAGUAAUGUGAAUUGUCAUAAAAUUUUCCCGAAAGGUCUCUCUUUGUUUUGGUUCUUCUUUCAUAAUGAUUCAGGGUGAAUAACAAUUGUUGCCAAUUUUUUUUUUUUCCACACAAUAUUCAAGUUUUUGUCUGGAUUUGAAUCUCAGGAUGACGCAGAGCACAAUGGCGGGGGACAACCACGAAGAGCGGCAGGCCAGGUCUCUGGCCUUGGAGAAGGCGUAUGUCCACGAUGUGUACGACCAGAUCGCACCUCACUUCACCGACACCAGGUACAGGCCAUGGCCCAGGGUCAAGCAGUUUCUACUCGAACUGGAACCGGGAAGCCUGGUGGCCGACGUUGGCUGUGGCAACGGCAAAUACCUGGACAUCAAUCCAGACAUCUGGAAGAUCGGCGCUGACCGCUGCGCCGCUCUGACUGCUGCUGCCAGAGCUAAGAAUUUCGAGGUUCUGACGAGUGAUAACUUGCACAUGCCUUUUCGCGAUGAAACCUUCGACGCGGUGCUCUCCGUAGCGGUCAUCCACCACUUUGCGACGACUGACCGGCGAGUGGCAGCCAUCAAGGAACUCACCAGGGUCCUUAGGAUAGGUGGAAAGAUCCUCAUCACCGUCUGGGCCAUGGAACAAAGGCACAGAAAGUUUGAGUCCCAAGACGUUUUGGUACCUUGGCACGAGCCUGUUAAAAGCAGCAGUGAAGAUCGCGGAUCGUCGGUUGAACGUGAACUCACCAGUGCUACGACAAGUGAUGAUGACGUUUUAGUUUACCAUGCCUACUCGCACAUUUCGGAUAGCGAACAGCACUCAGCGGCUGUCAACAGAAAGAGACAGAAGUACAGAAACGGCCGAGGUCGGUAUCGGAGUGCGGACAGUGCGAUGUACUGCAGAAGGACAGCGGGCACGAGUAGCCAGAGCAGCUCCGAGUUGUCCAGUCCCAAUGAAACUUGCUACAGCUUCGUCAGGAGAGCUUUUCAGAGGCUGUCCAGUUCGGCAACUACUGAUUCGCCGUAUGAUACCUUCUCUAAGAAAUCGCCUACCAGGCCUUACUUCUACAGAUCAUGCAGGAAACCGUGUGUGUCAGAGAGCAUGGAAUUCGGGAAAUAUAACAAGGAUUCUGAUUCUGGAUCGCCAAGAAAAGAAUUCUGUCAACAGGGUAGUCUCGAUUCCGAAUAUCCAGAUCCUACUACAGAGGACGACAUACCUAUAGAGCUUCGAGGUCUGGAAGGUUAUGAGACCUGUAACAAAUGCGGCACCCCGACAACUGAGUUUGCGAAUUGCGAGUUGCGCGUAUGUGCUUCCUGCUUACCUGCAGAUCCUGAUACUGGAAAGAAGUCUCGUUCUCUUGGAGACUUUCUGAACAUGAUCCCGAAACUUCUUCGGGUGAAGAAAUGCGAGAAAGAGCCAAUGUCUGAUUUGCAUAAAAGGAUAUCCACCGCCAGUGACCCUAGAGAAUAUGUUGUUAAAACCAGGGGAAACGAUGUAAAUGGAAUUGUCCGAUCGAAAUCAACAGUGUCCAUGAUGUCCCGCCUGGAGGAGUUGAUGUCCAUGAGUCCAACGAGUGGAAGGGAGGAACUUCAAACAGUAGCGAAUCCUAACUGCCAGGCUGGACCCAGAUCCAAAACGAAACCUUCCAUUCUGCAAUCUUUCACUUCAACGGUCUUAGUUGAAGGAAGCAAUGGUACAAUCGAAAUUCGAGAUAACAAUGAAUUGAAGAAUACUCGAAGGUAUAACAGUCCCGCCGAUGCUCUUCAGAAGUUGAGACAAGAUGUGGAUUUGGAUGAACCUUUUGAAGUGGUCACCUUAAAGAAGUAUGAUGGAGAAAAAGAAAUUAACUCUUGUGGUGAAAAGAAAUUGCAGAAUAGUGAAUCUGUAAGCAUUAAGAAGAAAUCAUCCCUGAAGUCCUCGAAUUCAUCUGGUCAAAAGAAGAAAAAGGCAGAGAAACAUUUUGACUUCAGCAGUGAAAUUUCCCCGCCCGAACCACCUGAUAACACUGAAUUAAAGCCUGAAAGUGAGUCUGAAGGUCACCUUUCUUCAUAUUUUUCCAUGCCAGAACUUUACAAAUUAACGCACGAUCAAAUACCAGAAGAACCUAUUAUAAUUCCUCAAAAACAGAGGCAUAUUAGUUUUUACGAAAAAGCAGCUCAAAAUAUAUUUGACGACACAUCUUCCGAAUCGAAUGACUUGAGUUCAAGAAGGCGUGACUCUCCUCUACAUUACACAGCUAGAGAAAGAACAGUCACCAGCACACCUCAACGAGGAUUGGUCAAAAGAAGUCUUAGUGUAGAUACUGGCGAUAAUAGUUCCUCAUCUCACCAAACGCCGAGGAGAUUUUCGGCUUCUGCAGCUCAGGGAGUUUUAGCCUCUGCGCUAAGGACUUACUCUCUUCCUAGAAGUUGCAGCAGGGGUAGUUCAGUCAAAAGCGACACAAGCGUCGACAGCGAAGAGUCAAUCGUUUCUGUUAUACCCAGGAAAGGCAACAGCAUAACAAGUGACACAAGUGUUGAUAGUGAAGAAAGUGUGAUAUCCGUUAUACAAAGGAGUACUAGUGAAAUUGACACUCUCGGUUCCCAGAAUGGGCUCAGAAACAAUAUCUCAAGAUUCGGUAGUCGCUCUGCGCAAGCAUCACCUGUCACAGUACUGAGUAGUCAAACCUCUUCCGCAGAAUCUUCACCCCCUCAGUCGGGUAAAAACGAUGGAAGAUUUCCUGGGUCUGUUGGAGUUAUUGACCAAUUGUUGCAACAACAGCAGCAGUUGCUUUACUCGUCAUCUGAUACUCAUUCAAGAUCAGAAGCAUCAGAUCAUUCAGUUAGAGCAAGGAGGUAUCUUCUUAGACCUAUAUCUGAUCCGAAAAUAGAAGAGAAGUUGUCGAAUCCGGAAGAACUUUCCAACAGCUUCGCUAAUAGACUUAAUAAUAGUAUACAUAUGCCUAAAACAAACCAAGGGAGCUCUGUUUUAUCAGAAGCAAGUAAACCUCAGAUUAAAGAAAAGACGACUGACACAAAAUCAAACGCUACACCAGCUGUUCCAGUUAAGCCUUUAGUUUCAGACACUUCAUCAGAGUGGAAGGAGGAAAAGAAAGAACAAGCUGACGGAGAACUGUCAAAGACUCCUUCACCUGUUGGGCCGUUUCAGUACAUUACUGAUCCUCUCAUAACUGGAGUGGAACCUCCCCAAGAGGUUGGUAUAGAUGCAGAUCAAAUUUUACCAUCAACUAGUGAGACGGAAUCAAAAUCCAAAAGUAUCCGUUUCAUGGCAGAAGUCACAAAUUUAGGGCAAAAUGGCAAAACUAUCCCUGAAAUGCGGAAAACUCCAAAUGGAUUCAUCGAAUCUGUGCUGAAAAAUGCUAUUACUAAGAAAGGAAUCAUAGAUGUGGCCCCCUGUGAUACAGAUCAAAUAGUUGCCACUGCGGUUGUCAACACAUCAGUAGAUCUCCAAAAUAGUAGUUCAAAGAUUUCAGAAGAAUCACGUGAAUCAUUAUCAACUAAAGAAGAAUGUCCGUCGGUAAACGCCAGUACAAGUAAGAUUUCCGAAGAUCAAAAACUAAGUAAAAAUAAAGAUAACGAUAUGCGAAAGUCUUUUUUUAAGCUAAGAGAACGAUUAGAGAGUUUGGCUUCAAGCCAAAAUGCCAUGCCAAAUUUUGAAAUCUUCAAGAAUGUAAGCCACUCUUUCGGAUCAUUGCGAAACAUAAAAGAAAAGGUAGAAUCUGAAACAACUCCAAACGAAAGUCCAAGAGAAAGUAAGAUUUCCCCUACACCAAAAAGUCUUAAUGACAGUAGACAGUCAUCUUUGGAUGAGUCCAGCCAAGUUACAUUAUCUGAUGAAUCAGUCAUGUCUGUUGAAGGAACGUCAUCAGUUUCGGAUGAAAAUGAUUACAAGAAGACGGAUGAUGAAGAAGAAAAUCCUGACAGCAGUCAAAACUUAACGGUACGGAGAGUUGAUAGAGAAAAAGUCAUUGCAAAUUCACAAACAGCACCUUUAAAUGCCUUAACGGAAGUGGGUCAAUCUUCACAAAAACAUUGUCAAUGCAAGAAAUGCGAAUCUUGCACAGAAAAAUGUUCUUCAGGAUUACACAAACCAUCCAAAUCAGCUUCUUUUAGUGACACUGAAUUGCAUUUGAAGAAAGGUGUAGUGAGAUGUCCACUCCGGAAACGGCUCAGAAGAUCUUGUGUUACUAUCGAUGAAGUGGAGUGCCGAGAAUUUAUGUCAUCAGAAGACACUUCUCCUUCGUCUUCAGUUUCACUGGAAUGGAACGAUUUUGAUAAAAUAGAUGCCGAUCCCCAUGUAUGCACGGCCUGUUGCAGUGGUUGCGGUAUAACAACUAUUAUUGAAGGAGAACCGAGAGAUGAACCAGCUAUAGAGAUAUGCUGUGACGACGUAAAUGUCCAAGAGACAGAGAACAAAUUCAAUAUCGUAGAUAAGGAAAUGUGCGUUUUCUUUGAGACCUCAUCCUCGUCUCUUGGCAAAUCUGCAUCAUCGUCUUCAAAUGCUACAGAUUUUUCGACGACUUCUGAUCGCUUCCGAGGUGUUAUGCAGAGGGAGAAAUCCGAUGACAGAUCAUCGAAAGAAAGCGACAGCGACAACUUGAGCAAGCUGUCAGACGUAGAGGGGAGGUCGGACUCAGCCUUCUCCGAAGACAUGGCCAAGAAGACAGAUCCAAUUUCUUCAUCUUCCUCUUCUUUGGAUGUUCUGGACUCUGUUCGAACGAAAGUCAUCAAUGAAAGUGAAUGCGAUGGAACAUUAGGAACUUCAAAACAGAACUCCAGUUGGGUUCUGGACAAUAUAGAUGAGAUACCAGACGAUGAUCAGAGUCAUGAUGGAGAUGAAAAAGCUAACAGUGCUGAUAAAUCUCCUUCUAAUUCAUGGAAGCCAGAGAAAUCCAUGGAUUUUGCUCAAAGGCGUGAAAACUUUUUCAGUUCCGCCGCUGAUUGCAGAGACAUGUAUAGAAUAACAUUUGACGAUAAAAGGAAGAAAAAGAAGGAAAAUGAAGAUUGCAACAAUUCUUCGAAUUCAGAGUUUAAGGAUCCUAUUGAGGUAGGAAUGGCGAUACCAGAAAUUGCACCAGGUUUGAUGGAAUUUUUUCCACCUCGAAAAAACCAAGAGGAUGAUGAACAGACAACAGGUAUCUUAGCAGAAUUAGUUGGAACACUUUCGGGGAUAUCGUCAUUGGCAUUCGGUGAUAUAUAUCCCAAGCAAGAACCCAAAAUUGAAGAUUUCAGUUCAGAUGAAUCUGUAGGUAUCUCAACUUUCGAGAAAGUCCUUACUUCUGGUGCUACAACCUAUAGCAAAAGUCGUCCUAAAAAGUCAUCGGGACAUCAGAAAGAAAAGGGUUCUGAAGAAAUAUCAGAGAAAAGAUGUAACAACAAAAAAUUGCAAUCGAAUGGCAUAGAUUUUGGCACUUCAUAUAGCGACACAGACAACACAAAGAUGGAAAUAAAAGACAUGGGGCAGGCAUUUGUGAAACUCCCACCGGAGAACAGCCCCCGUCUGAACUCUGAAUCGAAGAACAGCAAUAUUCAGAAUUCCGAAGUCAAAACGGAAAAAAUCACUAAUGGCUCAAAUCCUGCACAACCGGUUCAGAACGAAAAGAAGAUACCCGAAAAACUUAAGAUCCUUAACCGGACUUCCCAGAGUGUGUGUCUGGACAGAGUACGCCAAAGCUCUUUCGAGAAAGACGACGAGCAAUUCACCCAGUCUGCACCCUGCUCCCCGAGAAUGAAACCAAGACAAAGGUCAGUGGAAGAGGUAUUGACCAGCAGUCGGAACGAACUGAGUAGAAAUUCAUCCCUGUCCCAGUCCACAUCCCAAGAAAGUCUUCCAGGAAACGAAACUGGGGGACUGAUGUCAUACCACAGGUACUACCAUGUCUUCCGACAGGGUGAACUGGACAACCUCAUAGAAACCCAUGUGGACAACUUGCACAUCAUCUCCUCGUAUUAUGACCAUGCCAACUGGUGUGUGGUCGCGGAAAAGGUUCAAGUGUGGACGAUCUAGGAAAAUAAACUACAUAAUAACUUGUUUCUUUUCAUUUCUGUUAACAAGAAGGAGCUUAUGAAGGCCAGGAGGAGAUGGUAGCAACAUAUAAUUAUCGUAUUCGUUGAAAAGAAUGCGGAGACUCAAUUGUUCGUUAAAAAUGUAUUUGUAUUUAUAUAUAUCUAUCUAUACAUACAUACAUAUAUAUAUAUAUUUAUACCUUCUUCUCAUCCACCAUUUUACUCUUUUAAGAUAUUGUGAUGUUUAGUUUCUGUAAUGGCAUUGAUAUCUGAGUAUUGCACUGCCACAGUGACUUGACAAAGAAGAGGUGAAAGAGAAAUUAAAUUAGAUGAAAGAGGACUCAGUAUCUGUAUAUAUUAAAUGGGAUCUUUUAUUUAUAAAGAAAAAUUAAAACACAUUUUAUAGUGCAGUAUUGUUCGCGUAGCAGCAAAGACGUUUUUUACAAUGUUUCAACUUAAGAUAUUUUCAAUUUAAGAAUUCAAAGGAAGAAUUUGAGGGAAAAAAUUAUGAAUUUUUUUCUCAGUUUUUGAGUGAUUGUUCUGAUAUUUUCAUAACGAUAUUCUUACGAAGAUCAUUCUUAAACUUUAAAAGAAAUUCAUUGUUAACUUUUUAGCAAGAAAUAAAUAAAACACGUUAAGAUAUUUCAUACAAAUUCAUCUGUAAUAAAAGUGUA